CAGAGCCUCCUCCGCCGCCGUUUCUGGUCCCCCUCCCGAACAACCCCACAAGCGAACCACACAUUGAAUGUUCUAAUGGAGUCAAAAUCUGGGAAGAAGUCUAGUAGUAGUAGUUCCAUGUACGAAGCUCCCCUUGGUUACAAGAUUGAGGACGUUCGCCCGGCUGGAGGAAUCAAGAAGUUCCAGUCUGCUGCCUACUCCAACAUGGAAAUGUCGUUGGCUGAUUGCUGGAGCUCUCCAGCUCCCUCCCCUAUUGGGUUUGAGGGCUACGAGAAGCGCCUUGAGAUCACAUUCUCUGACGCUCCUGUCUUUGUGGACCCCUGUGGCCGUGGCCUUCGUGCCCUCUCUCGCGAGCAGAUCAACUCCUUCCUUGAUCUUGCACGGUGCACCAUCGUGUCCCAGCUCUCGAACAAGCAGUUCGACUCCUAUGUGCUGUCAGAGUCGAGCCUCUUUGUCUACUCCCACAAGGUUGUCAUCAAAACCUGUGGGACAACAAAGCUUCUGCUGUCGAUUCCUCGCAUCCUUGAGCUUGCUGAUGGGCUGUCGCUGCCUGUUUGUUCAGCGAGGUACUCUCGUGGGACGUUCAUCUUCCCAGGUGCACAGCCAGCGCCGCACCGCAGCUUCUCAGAGGAGGUAUCUGUGCUGAACGGCUUCUUUGGUGGCCUCAAGUCAGGUGGCAAUGCAUAUGUGAUGGGUGAUUCGUUCAGGCCCAAGAAGCUGUGGCAUGUCUACCAUGCCACUGAGAUGCCUGAGCAGCCCAUGGUCACACUAGAGAUGUGCAUGACUGGGCUGGACGCUAGGAAGGCUGCAGUGUUCUUCAAGAAUUCUGCUGACGGCGGCUGCUCCUCAGCAAAGGAGAUGACGAAGGUCUCGGGGAUCUCUGAUAUCAUCCCUGAGAUGGAGAUCUGCGACUUCGACUUCGACCCAUGCGGGUAUUCGAUGAACGGCAUCUGUGGCCCCGCAGCCUCCACGAUCCAUGUCACUCCAGAGGAAGGCUUCAGCUAUGCAAGCUAUGAAGCGAUGAACGUCAACCCUGGCUCCCUGGUUUACAGUGACCUGAUCAAGAGGGUCCUGUCAUGUUUCUGCCCCUCAGACUUCUCAGUGGCUGUCACCAUCUUCGGUGGGCAAGGCUUUGCCAAAUCAUGGGCUUCUGGUGCAGAGGUUGGUUCGUACAUGUGCGACGAUCUCGUCGAGCAGGAGCUUCCUGGUGGUGGCCUGCUGAUGUACCAGAGUUUCACUGCAGUUGCCCCUGGUGCCGUGUCGCCAAGGUCGACCUUGGACGGCUGGAACAGCGAUGGGAUGGAGUCUGACAAGGAGAUGUGCAUCGGCUGGGAAGUGGAGAAGAAGGCUGCCAAGAAGGGUCUCGUUGCCUGAGAGAAAUCUACCGUUCUUCACCUCGUGUUGCAACCUGAAGACAAGGUUUCAGAGACAGUGAUUCCUCUGAUGUUUUCUGAGACGUGUGCUGGUGUUCUGCUAUGGUAGUUUAAUUAAGCAGCUAGCCGGGUUAGCGGCAAAUCGUAUCAUGUGUUGUUUUCCUUGUGUUUGCCUGCCCAAUAAGUGCUCUAGAUGGUCUGCUGCGUCUGCCAUAGUGAGCGAAAGUCAGGUAGCUAGUAUGAGUUUGUUUCUGUCGCCGAUGCUCUUGUGGGAGAAUGACAUUGUAAAUCGACUAUCUUCAAAUCUUCAAUCGUAUAUCUUGAGUUUUGCA